AUGAGGCGCCUUGCCAACAACGCCUUCUCCGACGAGGCCAUGAGGGUCAAAUGGCUGAACCUCCUGCCAUCGAACACCAGCCGUUUGUGCCGAGUGCUGCCAGCCACCUCACUCGACGAGCUGGCCCACCUGGCUGACCUCGCCAUUGCUCCAGAACCGCCAGUCCACGCUGUCGCAGCUUGCCAACCAACACCGCCCUCGAGUAGCACUUCUUCAGGCACGGCAUCGCCUCAGCCAGAAUGCGACAUCUCCACGCUGCAGCAAACAACGGCGGUUCUAACAGCAACAACAAUAACAGCAGAGGUCGCGCCCGCUCGCACUCACGCCCUCGUUCAGCCCGUCCAGCUGCCUCAGCCGCACCAGCAUCGUCCAACACGGGCUGGUGCUGGUAUCACCGCAAAUUCGGCCAGGAGGCCACACAAUGUAAGCAGCCCUGCUCCUUUGCACCAGGUCAGGGAAUUUAAACGCGCCCCGCCCCUGCAAGCCGAGGCGGUUGGCGCAUCUACAGAGCGCCGCUUGCACAUCGUCGAUAGAACAUCAAAGCUCCGAUUCCUGGUGGACACGGGCUCGGCGGUUUCCCUGCUGCCACGCACAUUCUUCAAGGAGGUGAGAACUCGUGGUCCGCUUACUCUCAGCGCAGCCAACGCUUCAGCGAUUAGCACAUACGGCACAUAG